UGGUCUAUCCAAUUGCGUCCGGGCGCAUUUUGGUCUGUGUCCGUUGGUGACGCCUCUUGGGAAUCGAAAAUGAACUGAGAGGUUCAAGACUAAUACGCAUUUGAGCGUUAGUAUCAGUCUGGCUCGGCAGGCUACCUCUAGAGCAGUAAUGACAUAAUCAAUAAUGACAUCAGAGAUCAAGGAUCACACACGGUCUUGUAUCAGGCGUCACAGUGAGAAUUGUAAUCCAUCUUUAGACAGUGGCAGGUUUUAUAUAACACAGUACUCAGAUGACCCUCCUCAGCUCCAAGCCUUUACCGGCCAGUUGGGGUUACACACACCAGCAAGUGAUACAUGGUCAUAAAUACCUUGGUCUUCAUGAAUUAUUACAGAGCUUUGGAGUUGUUGUGAGCAUGCCCAUUCAGCCAGACUGCAGGCAGGUGAACAGGCAGUGUGGAGCAACAGAGCCACGAUGGACAUCUCUGUCCUGCCCAACAACAACCACCCAGAGAAGUUCCUCCAGCUCGACGUGGGGAUACUACCGACCACACAUGGCAUGUUCCAGGUUGGAGUAGUCGUGUCCAGUCAAAGGAACUGGCAGAACAGGGUCUACUCCCAGAGGGAGCAAAGGGUAAAGACUGAGAGCAGGUCUCCUCCAUCUGCAGAGGGGGUGGUGUUUGUGGACAGAUACCUGGAGAAGCACAUCACCCCGGUCACUCUGAAGUCCAACAUUAAACGGAACCCUCUGUACACAGACUUGAGAUCGAUGGACACUGUGGACAAUGAGAAGUCCAAGCCUUCUUGGACCGUCAAGGAGUACGACACACAGACAAUCCACGGCAACCUCGGAAACUAUUUAAAGGAGGACGAGAAGACUCCUAAAGAUAUCGACUUCUGGCUGGAGGAUCUCUACACACCAGGAUUUGACUCUCUCCUGAAGAAGAAAGAAGCAGAACAUAAAAGGAAAAAACUCUGUAAAAUUAUCUGUUCAAUCAUUUUGUCUGUUUGUACAGUCCUUAUUGUUGUCAUUGUGCCAGUUGUUGUUCUACAAAACAAAAACUGAUGAUGCCGUCAUUGUAUAGUUCAACUAUUAGGACCUCACCUAUUUGUAAGUGGUGGUCAGAUAUUUUUCCGUUUCUUAUUUCGUCUGGACGGAACUUGACUUGGAAAACUGUCUGGAGUCAUAAUGGACGUUAAGACAACACUAAGUGGAUCAUGAGUAUACGCAGCACAUCCCAUGGCAAGUACUGUAGCAGCUGCACCGCUGUGGAAAUACUGUACAGUAGAGUUGACCAGUGGAGAUGAAUGAAAAUGCAAAAUCAAGUUUUUGCUGACCUCCAGUGGUUUAACAUUGCUGCAGCGAUGUACAGUCAGUAGACUGAUAUCAACAAUAUCCCCAACAGAGCACACAUCUGACAGGACCUACCCCCAGCGAGGUUCAAUGUAGGUGUGGAUCACAACCACUCACUGGAGUACUGUUGCUGAUCAUGUUCAUCACUUCAUGGCCACAGUUUUAAUAUCUUAUUCUGCAGAGUAAUGCUCCACACCACCAAGUAAAAGUCGCUUCAAACUGCUUGCAUGAAUAUGAACAGUGACAUUCCAGUGACCAGGUGGGAAUCCAGUGGAAAGCCCCUGGACUGGGAGAGAACAGACAUAUUGGCAGCAUGAGGCAACGCAGUCGUGAUGUGAACAUGGAGCAGAAUCUCAGAGGAACGUUUCCAACAGCGCGUGGAAUCAAUGACACAAAGCACCAAGACGUUGUGAGGCAAGGGGAGGCGCUACCCAAUGGAGUGAUCAGUGUCGUCUCUUCAAACGAUCUGAAUUUGUUGGGAACUAUUUAACAAUGCGAAGCGUUUGUUUGGGCGAGGCUGACAUCUUGCUUUACACAAUGUUACUUCAUCCUGCCUGUUCAAUAAAAAAAAUAAAUAGAAAACACACAGACUGAUUUCAUUUGAUUUAUUUAUUGCAAUAAAGAUGUACAAAGUAUUGGUAAUCAUAAAUGUUAAAAUUUUAGAAAAAGCAUCUGUUACUGUUAACAGUGCAGUAUAUCAAAACAUUACUGCUUCAGCCGGCGGCGUCGAUUCCAUCCACGUGUGUGAAAGCAGGAGAAAACAGGUCUGACCUGCUAAUGUCAUGUGUUUUCCUCAAAAGGCGUCGGAAAGAAAGGAAUACACAUAUUCAAAGAAAGAAAAAAAAAAAGACAAAAAGAGAAAA